AUGCCAAGGCCACGUAUAGAAGGGUUACUUGCCUCGUUUCCAAAACUAACUAGUGCAGGGCAGCAGCAUACUACUAUAGAAAUUGAACAUGUUCGAUACGUUUAUCAGCCACUCGAUGAACUAUAUAUUGUUCUUAUCACCAACCGACAGUCAAACAUACUGCAAGAUAUUGAUACGUUGCAUUUAUUCGCGCGUGUUGUCUCGGAUGUAUGUCGAUCUACUGAUGAACGCGAAAUUCUAAAGAAUAGCUUCGAAUUGUUAAGUGCUUUUGAUGAAAUUGUGUCGUUAGGGUAUAGAGAAAAUGUGAAUCUAGCUCAGGUUAAGAGUAUUAUUGAGAUGGAAAGCCAUGAAGAGAAAAUCCAAGAAAUAUUAGCAAGGCAAGAGGCCAAGGAAGAACUCAAAAGACGAGCUAAACAACUUGAAGUUCAAAAGAAAGAAAUGCUUAAACGUGGAGGAAAUUCUUCAUUUGGAAGUAAUUUCAGUCAAUCGCUUAAUAGGCUAGCUUCAUAUUCUGAACCGCAAGUACAAUCUACAUUUGACGACGGAGUUCGCACCUCGUAUAGCAGUUCUCCAUCUUCCUCAGUAUCCUCAAAAGCGAAGGGUAUGCAACUAGGACGCAAACAGAAAGUAUCUGAUCUGUUUGAAGCGGUUAAGAGCGAAACUGGCUUUGAAGAAAUAGUUGAAAAAACAAACGUGAGAAGCAGCACAACAGCUGUCUCAAAAGUACCUAUGGAAAGUGUUCAUAUAUCCAUCUCGGAAAAGAUCUCUCUUGAAGCCAAUCGUGACGGAGGAUUAGAAAAUUUAGAAAUUAAGGGUGAUGUGAAACUUACGAUUUCCGAUUCAAACUUGACGCGCAUUAAAAUAGCUGUUGAUGCGGUAGAUGACGGUAAUAUACAGCUUCAGACACAUCCAAACGUUGACAAGAAAUUGUUUACAACUGACAAUAUAAUCGCGUUAAAGAGUCCAGGAAAAGGGUUUCCUGUUAAUCAACCUUUGGGUGUUCUAAGAUGGCGAUUCAUAUCCAAAGAUGCUACUAACAUUCCGCUCUCAAUAAAUUGUUGGCCUUCUCCUGCUGGUGAUGGAACAAUCGAUGUAAAUAUUGAGUAUGAACUAGAAAACGAAAAUCAAGAAUUCAAAGAUGUGUUGAUUUCAAUCCCUCUACCAUCUAACGGUAAUCCUAAAGUUGGUCAAGUAGACGGUCAAUAUGAAGUGAAUCGGCAAACACGCACUUUCGAAUGGCAAUUACCGAUAAUUGACGCGUCUAAUAAACAAGGGACCCUUGAAUUCAAUAUUUCAGGGGAUGAUGCCAAUUUAUUCUUCCCAGUAAAUGUGUCAUUUGUCAGUGAAAGAUUGAUUUGUGAUAUUGAUGUUAAGGAGAUAACAAACCUGGAUAAUGGAACUUCUGUGACUUUCUCCAAAGAAAAAAUUUUAACGACAGAAGAUUAUAGUGUUGUAUAA